GUGUAUCGUAGCUAAUUAUUGGCACAUUGCGUAUUGGACUAUAAUAAUAAUAUUAUUUUUAUUAUAGUCAAUCUAUUGUAAUUAUUGCGAUGAUUUGAAUAGUUAGCAUACCUUAGGUUGAUUCACUUCUUCCAGUUGCCGUAUUCCAUACUAUUAACAAAAAUGCAGAACCAUAUAUAGCAGUUGCUCUUUUUGGUGUAUGUAAUAUCCUGUAAAGCAAAAAACGAUAUUUAUUUGCUUUAAAGCGUCGUAUAUAGGAGAAGGAUGCAAACUUGUGAGAAUAGUGCUACUGAUUAUGUGUAGAUAAGGGUCGAUCUUCCUUUAUUUUACGCAUAUUAGAUUCUCUAAAAGCACAGUGAGAAGUGUUCUGUUGAAUUGUUGAUUUCUAUAACCAGCUAUUUCUUUGUUCUUGUGACUUGACUUUGAUGUUGGAUUCGGUUAACUUCAUAGAUUGGCAAACAUCCUUUCAAGGACAAUAUUUGUUUAUCUAGGCAUUUGUAUGUUAUACUGGGCGUAGAUGCACUGAGUAGACAUCUACCUAUUUUGAUAUGCAAGCAUGUUUACAACCACAGCAUUAUAAAAAUGUCAACGUUGAGAUCCAACGUAUCGGAUAAGCCUAGCGAGAAUGAGCUGCAUCGUAAGGAAGGAUCUCUUCUUUCCUGUUUAGUGGAAGAUUUGAUGAAAGAGAUGGGUAUUACAAAUCAUGACAGUCGCACUACUCAUCUCCUUGUCGAUAUUCUACAAAGGGAAUCAUUGGGUCUUAUGAAAGACGCCCAUGAGCAGACGGAGAAACGUAUAUCACAGGAACGUGACUGCUUACUACCUAAUUCCAAGGUUGGCAUGAGCUUAUCUGACAUUGUGGUUCGUGUGAGUGAGGAGGAUGCUCAAAUCGCUUGUCAACAGUAUAUAUCGCGUAAUGUUGCCAAAUCGUCGUUUUUACAGGAUAUCAAGGAUAUGCAGCGUUACGCUAACAACACUCGACUUGGUGUGAAAUCUAUAAAUCUACCGCCAUCUAAGCACGGUCGUGGUUUCUUUGCCGGAAUGAGGAGUAUCACAUCCGGUGCUGCAGGAUACUUUCCUACUGGUGCCCCUCCUCAUCUACCGGACAAUAUAUUGCUCAACACAUUGCUUCCUUCAUGGGAUAUAAAUGUGAAAAAUGACGAUGAAUCAUCGAGUAAAUAAGCGAUCUGUGGAGUGCCAUAUCGCCUGUUAUUGGUUAACAAAACCAGCUAAUCAUUUAUCUUGUUUACAUGAUGAUUUGCAGUGUCACGAAAUGUUGAUUAAAUAUUGAAACGCU